GGAGGGAGCCCUUGCCAUUGGCAUUGGAAUUUGGAGCCCUGCUCGCAUUCGUAUGGCACAGGCAAAGGCACCCCCUAGGUAGUAGUAUGGGCAGUACUUAGUAUUGCAGAUGAUUUUUCUAGCUAUUCACAAUCUGAUUCUGUCAGCUCUAAGGCGCUUUUCUUAGCUUCUGGGAAAGCUGCCCUUCUACCUUCUGCUGCAUUGUGCACAGGAAUGCAUGCUUUGAAUUAGAUGUGAGCGCCGCUUUUUGCAGGCCUUGACUUCGUUUACUCACCAAGGUUCAAAUCCACCUGGUUUCCCAGCAUGGCAUUCCAUUCUGCAGCAAGGAGUGGCGACCUGCCAGGGCUCACACGAGCAAUUGCUGAAGGUGCUGAUGUCAAUGAGAGGGACAAGCUGAACAGGACUCCCCUGCAUCUUGCUGCAUGGGCGGGGCAUGCGGAGGCCAUUAAGCUACUCUGUGACCACCAUGCCGCAGUGAACGCGGCUGCCGCCGAUGACAUGGUGGCGCUACACUUUGCAAGCCAGAGAGGCCACCUGGCGGCCGUGAAGGCGCUCCUGGCCGCCAAAGCGAAAGUGAAUGUGCGCACGCGAAAGGCGAUGACGCCGCUCCACUUUGCGGCAGGAGGGGGGCACGCCGAGAUGGUCGCUGCGUUGGUUCGAAAAGGCGCCGAUACUGCUGCGACAAACAAGCAGGGACAGACGCCCUUGGAUCUAGCCAAGGACGAAGCUGUGGCGGAAGCGCUGCGAACAGGGACGGGUCAAAAAGCUGAGGAGAAAGAGGACGCUGGUAAAAGCAAAGGGGAGACGGAAGAUGAGAACGUGGAAAAAGAAAAAGCGGAGGGGCAACCUGUAGAUGGUGGGAGGAACGAAGUGGAGGGACAAACGAAUGAAGAAGCCGGUGCGAAGGAGGGGAGUCGGAUGGCGAAGAACGUGCCGGCUGCAGAUGGGCGAGGAGAGACAACAACGGGACGGGAAGAAGGGAGUAAGAAAGAAGAGAAGGGUGAGACGAAAGUGGCGGGGAAGGCGGGGAAGAGUAAUCUGCGGAAGCACCGCGGGGAACAAGCUGACGGAAUCGCUGGGGAGUCCGCAUCUGCGCCGGUUGGGCCGGUUGAAAAAAAAGCGAAGACAGUGAACUUGUCUUACUUUGACACGGAUGGCGAAGAAACUUGAUGAUUAUGCUGACUCCUUACAUCAAAUUCAAAACUUGCCU